CACCCCGUUUUGAUUUCGCACGAACACACCUUUAUUACGACACUGUUUUGGCGAAGAGUGUAAACAACGAGCUGUUCGGUCGGUUUCUGUUUUUUGCCGCAAGCCUUGACAAGUCACCGCUGCUUUAGCCUGCUAAGGGUUGGAAUUUACAUGAAGAGGAGAAAGCGGGCCUGCUCUCAAGCUUGAGCAUUAUCUGUCUUCCUCCAUCUGGCCGUCACUGUCUCUGCCUCUUCAAAUUGGUGCUCAUUUCCUCUCCCUUCACCAACAUGCUGUGCUGGGGGAAUGCCAAGGAUGGGCAGUUGGGUGUUGGUGUGGAAAGGAACCCAGUGUUUGAGCCAAGGAACUGUCAAGUGUUCAGUGGCAGGGGACUGAAAGAUGUCGCCUGUGGAGCGCAACACUCGAUUUUCCUGCUGCACGAUGGUAGUGUGUACACAUGUGGUGCCAACAGCUGUGGGCAACUGGGGCAUGACAAAGCAGGGCCUUCCCCAGAGCUGGUAGGGGCUCUGGAUACACAGAAGAUAACAAUGGUAUCGUGUGGUCGGGCCCAUUCGAUGGCAGUGAAUGAGCAAGGUCAAGUGUUUGCCUGGGGAGCGAGUGAAGGGGGACAGCUCGGCCUGGGGACUGUGGAGGCGGCUGUUCGAAUCCCAAGGUUGGUCAAGAGACUGUGUGACCAUCGCAUCUCCCAAGUAAUGUGUGGGAACCAGCACUGCAUCGCACUUUCUAGAGAUGGUGAGCUCUUCACUUGGGGCCAGAACAGCAGUGGUCAGCUUGGUCUGGGGAAAGGAGAGCCCAGCAAGCUGUCCCCUCAUCCUCUGAAGUCUCUGGCAGGAAUUCCUCUGGCACAGAUAACUGCUGGGGGAGACCACAGUUUUGCACUCUCCUUGUCCGGAGCUGUAUUUGGCUGGGGCAAAAACAGAGCUGGACAACUGGGUCUCAAUGAUAAGCAAGAUCGUGCCGUCCCAUGCCACAUCAAAUUCUUGAGAUCUCAAAAAGUUGUUUACAUCAGCUGUGGAAACGAACAUACAGCAGCACUCACAAAGGAUGGCGGCUUGUUUACAUUUGGUGACGGUUCAUGGGGUCAGCUGGGUCACGGCUCCACCAAUAAUGAACUUUUACCGAGACGAGUGCUGGAGCUCAUGGGUACCGAGGUGUCCCAGAUCGCUUGUGGCAGGCACCACACAUUGGCGUUCGCACCUUCCUCUGGCGUGGUGUAUGCAUUUGGUUGUAACAGCCAUGGCCAGCUGGGAACAGGAAUACUAGGGGAUGCCAGAAGCCCAUUUCCUGUCAAGACCAGUUUCCUGACUGGAAAUUUCCAUAGAAGAGAAUCCAAACAGUAUACAGUGACCAAAACCAUAUGUGGAGGAGACCAUAGUUUCUUAUUGUACUCCAGUGAGCAGAGUUCUGUCACCCCAGAAGAUUUCAGGGUGAUUAAUAUCAGCAAAAGCCUCUCUCCAAUCACUUAUGAAAGGUUAAAUUCAUGGAGGUUAAAACUGAUGUACAGCCCAGACUCCAACAUCACAACCGACAUCGUAAUUCAGCUCUCCUCGACGGCUUGUUGGAAUGCCAGCUUCUUGGACCAAAGUGAUGAUAACCACUUCAAAACCAACCCAAAGAUCCCAGGCAUUGAUCUCAACUCUGUCAGAAUGCUGUUUGAGACUCUCAGCAAACCGGCCUUCUCUGGACUUCUGGAGCAGGCCACCAAGAGUUUUGAGAGUAUGUUGAUCCCUCAGCUGCCGCGCUCCCCUCCUGAUGUUGAGGCCAUGAGGAUCUACCUCAUCCUGUCUGAGUAUCCAGCGCUGCAGGACUCCAAGAACUACAUCCGCCUCACUGUACCCCUGGCAAUGGCCAUUCUCCGGCUCGACGCCAACCCCAGCAAAGUAUUAGAUAACUGGUGGUGUUUGGUGGACGGCAGCGUGUUCACCAGAAUGGUCGACAUGUACAAGAGCAUUGUAGUAUUCAUGCUAACAGGAGGGAAGACGGUGCUUGGACCGGUCUGGUAUGAGAACUAUUUUCUGGCAACGCUAAGACUGCUGGAGAAACUCCACAAGGUAAACUUAAAGGCCAACCAUGUGGAAUACAGCCGCUUUUAUAUCCCUGACAUCACCAGCCUUGUGGACAUUCAGGAAGACUACCUCAAAUGGUUUCUGAAUAGAGCCGAGAUUAAAACGGGAUCAUCCCCUUCGCAGAGUGACUUUCUCACAGUGAACCUAUGUGCCUACCCGUUCAUACUGAACGCCCAAGCCAAGACAACCAUGCUGCAAACUGAUGCUGAGCUGCAAAUGCAGAUGGCAGUAAGCGGUGCAAACCUACACAAUGUCUUUAUGCUGCUCACACUGGAGCCUCACCUUGCUAGGAACCCUUACCUGGUGCUCCAUGUGCGCAGGAACCAUUUAGUAAGUGACACACUGCGUGAGCUCACCAUGUACUCUGACGUGGACCUCAAGAAGCCGCUCAAGGUGAUCUUCGAUGGAGAGGAGGCCGUAGACGCAGGCGGAGUAACUAAAGAGUUCUUCCUGCUGCUGUUGAAGGAGCUGAUGGAUCCCGUUUAUGGGAUGUUCACUCAUUACAAAGACUCCAACCUGCUGUGGUUCUCAGACAAAUGUUUUGUAGAGCAGAACUGGUUUCACCUUAUCGGGAUCAUCUGUGGUCUGGCCAUCUACAACUCCACCGUGGUGGACCUCCACUUCCCCCUGGCUCUCUACAAGAAGCUGCUUAAUGUUUUACCCUCGCUGGAGGACUUCACAGAGCUCUCACCCACCGAGGCCAGGAGUCUACAGCAGCUUCUGGACUAUGAAGGAGGAGAUGUAGAGGAAACGUUUCUUCUCAACUUUGCAAUCACCAGGGAGAACUACGGGAUGACAGAAGUGAAGGAGCUGAUCCCCGGAGGAGAGAGCAUCGCCGUGGACAAAAACAACAGGAAAGAGUUCGUCGAGGCCUACCUGCGCUAUGUGUUCUCCGACUCGGCAGCUGAGCAGUACGCGGCCUUCUCCUCUGGUUUCCUGAAGGUGUGCGGAGGGGAGAUCCUGUCGCUGUUCCAGCCCUCGGAGCUGAUGGCCAUGGUGGUCGGCAACAACAACUACAACUGGGAGGAGUUGGAGAAGAACGCCGUCUACAAAGGGGAGUUCACAGCCACUCAUCCAACAGUCAGAUUGUUCUGGGAGGUUUUCCACGAGUUCCCUCUGGAGAAGAAGAAGCAGUUCUUACUGUUCCUGACUGGCAGCGACCGCAUCCCCAUCCAUGGCAUGGAGAGCCUCCGCAUCGUCAUCCAGUCCACCACGGCCGAGGAGCACUACCUGCCGGUGGCCCACACCUGCUACAACCUGCUGGACAUGCCCCGCUACCAGACCAAAGAGAUCCUGUGCCGCCGCCUCACGCAGGCCGUGGAGCAGUACGAGGGCUUCAGCCUGGUCUGACGGGAGUCCGAGAGGAGAUCCAACCAAUGCACUUUAACAGCAGUACGCCCCCACGUGAGUGUUGAAGGAACGUCAACGGGGCAUUCUGGGACACAGGAGGAACGCUGUCUUUACACAGGAUUGUUCAGCAUCUGGAGUGUGAAAGGUCUAUGUAUGUAGAUGCGUAAAGUAUUACUGUUUUUAUUGCUUUGGUCAAAGUUUGGUCAAAGUUUCACAACCUUUCAGGACCGUUGGGAAGCAGAUAUAAUGAUGUUUGUUGGAAUUAUGUCAGAGGAUUGAAAUGAGGAAAGUAAUCAGUGAAAUUUGGGAUCACCAGAACUUUGGGACCUAUAAUCAGGGCUGGAGGAGGUUGAGAAACUCUGGACUUUGGGGUGUUAGCGUUGUUUUCUUUCUGUCUUUUUUUGCAAAGCCGUGUAUUUUCUAUUCCUUAAAUUCUAUUUUUCACCUUUAAAGAAUUGUGUUAUUACCUUUGAGACAAUAUAUUGCUUUUUGUUACUUUUAAUUUAUUAAAUAGAGUGGUUAUUUUUUGACCAAAUGUACAUGUAUGUAUGUAAAUAGCACUUUGAAUAUAAUCUUUAUCCCCCGGAUGAAGGGAGGAGUGCUAGUCUUGCUGAUCCUUUUAAAUCUUGACAUGUCCUCCCAGUGUGAUUUCAAAGAAGGUCGAAAGAAGAGUUAAACAAUAUCAUUUGCAAUCCCUCAUUCCUGUUCAGCUGUGGAUCACAGACCAGCUGACUUUGUCUUGAAUCUGCAUUCAACAGUGUGGCCUUCUGCAGCAAAACCUACUGUACGGACACUAAGCUGACUUCUACAAUUGAUUUUUACUGGAUGUCGUCUGUGUGCAUGUUGUUGAGUGAAAGAAAAAACCUGAUUGUGUUUUAAAAAUUAGACAUUUUUGGAAAUACAGUCUUUCUUGCAGAGAGAUAUACAAGAAGAUUGAACCAGUUUUCUUGUGUGUCGGUUAAAUAUGAAGCCACAACUAGCAGCCAGUUAGCUUAGACUGAAAGUGUGACAAAUCAGGUGUCUAAAGGAAAUUCACCAGUUAACAGCUUAUAUCUUCUUUGCUGAAGUGUGAAAAGGAUAUUUUGUUGUUUUAUUGCCCAGCUAGUGCUGUCACCAAAUUCUGUAGCUAGAUUAAGAAACGUCUUUGGGUGUCUUCUUUUACCUUUUUUCCCGUUUUUUGAAUUGCAAUUUUGAAGGCCUAAAAAUACUUGAAAAUGUGUGAAAAUUUGCACACAAAAAAUUUGAUAUUUUAUGGAGCUUGCAUAGGUGUGAACCAAAAUGGCUCCAUGGCGCCACCUGGAAAAGUUCAAGCAGGCUCUACGACCAGGACGUGUCACCUACAGCUAUGAAAUUUAGUAGUCAUAUGUAACUCCACACAAAAACGUAAUCGACAACCGUACCUAGAACACAACAGGAAGUCGGCAAUUUUGAAUUUUUAGACGAUUUUGGACCAAUUUUUGCAAAUGUCAAAAGCUGUAAACUCAAACAGGGUAACCCCAACAGAGCUGAAAUUUGGCCAGGAUGUACACCAGGCAUGGUUGAUCAAAACGCUCCUCAAAAGUCUGAGGACGUGGAAAUAGCAGCUAGCAGAAUUUUUGACAAUUCGUCAUGACACAGGAAGUGCUGUCAAACUAGCCUGUACAUGCUCCAAUCUGCCUCAGACUUUACAUGUGUGAUCACAGUCCGGACCUGAUAACAUACCUAGGCUGAUAUACAUUCACAGUGAUAGUGCCACCUGGUGGACAGUUUUGACAGGUCGUCAUCAAAAAGGCCGUAGGCCGAAAUACACUCAGUUGCAGCACCACCCGUUGGACAUGUUUGGAUGCACUGACCAGCAAAUUAUACUUUAGUUCAAUCCUACUAAAGAAAGCUGUUAUCAAACGUGAUGCCAACACAGUGCUUCAGUAGAUAUUCAGGUUACAGAAGUGGAUAGGUAACAGAAAAAAAACACCUAAAACUUUAUUAAAUCUGUACUGGUUUUCUGCCAACCAAGAAGAACCAUGAAAUAAUUGGUCACAAGCAACAAGAGUUAAUUUCCAUUUUUGCACUCCCGCUUUAGUACAAAUUAAACUAGACCUAUCAGUCCCUCCAGGAUUUCCCGGGCAUUUUUCAAGAUUGUUGCGCCCGAAAAUGCCUGAUUUUGCGGCCGCUUUUCUAAAAAAUUGCGAUGUAAGUUGUGAUGUUUUAAGCUCAUUUUUUGCGAUGAAAUGGCAGGAGACAGUGACAAUUGCUAAAAAGUUGAAUUGUUUUCAGCUUUUAGAACAUGAUUCAAUGUUAUAAUUGACAACAUUUUUUCCAAAAUGAAUUCUUUGACGUUCCAACCCAUUUAACACAAAAGCUGGGUUACCAUGGUGGGAAAUUAGCAGCAGCCAGAUACUGUUUUAACCUGAAGUGGUUGGUAGAUUUAAGGCACAAAAUGAAAAUUUAUUAUUGAAUGAAUCACAUUUGGACAGAUCUGUCAGUGGCCUCCACCAAGACUGUUCAUUACCUGACCUUGCGGUGAGCACAGGUGUGUGUUAUGCAUGUGUACGUUAUGUACGGAUACCAAAUCGCGUGACGUAAAUAUGUAGCGGGCGGCAGGAAUUGAUGGGACUCAGAAACACCCCCACAGUUUGAUCAAUUGUUCCUUGUAUCAUUUCCGAUACGUCCACAGUGGUGGAUAUGUAGUAGGAUCACAAUGAUGUGAUCGUCAGCAGGCUGCUGAGGUAGCGUUCACUUGUUGCCAUGGUUACCGUGCCGCUAUCAGACGACGUGCCGCUACCUUAAUGGGAAAUCCUUAACAAAUCCGUGGAUCCAGACUAUAAGCCACAUCGCUGCUAAAAUCUAAUCACUUGGUCCUUGUGUCAUUUCUGACCUUCCCUGAAAAUUUCAUCCAAAUCAAUUGGUCUGUUUUUGAGUAAUGUUGCUAACAGAUGAAUGAUUCAUAUAUGCAGAUCGUCACAUAACUCCGCCGUGUUCCUUGGCGGAAUAAUUAAUCUAACUUCCCUUCAUUCUUUCAGUGUUCCAAGAGAUCUGUAUGCAACAGUUUCCAUCACGGUGAUUUGUUUGGUCUGUGGUCUCCUUUCAGCCGUUCUCCUGAUAUGUUUCGUGGUAGAAAAGCAUUUGUCAAUCGAUGAUUUUUUCUUUUUUUUGUAUUCCACCACAAUAUUGCACAGGUGUGAAACAGUUUACUUCUGCUUUGGUGAAGAACAUAAGGGAAUUAAUUAUUUUGCACCGUCUUCAGCGGUAAUUUUUGUUGGUAAAUGAGAGACAUUAGAAUGGGACAUGUCUGCAUCUUCAAACCAAAAACAAGGAAAGUGAAUUCGGUGACGCACGUGCAUUAUGUUUGCGCUGGGGACUGCUAUGAUUGGUGGAACUCACAGGAGGCUGGCCAAAAUUGCGGAGAAGUUGCAGUGAUUGGACAAAAUUGCAAGUUCGCGCAGAAUUUACGGAGAUUGGUUGAAUUUGCGCGAUCGCAACAUUGCAAAUUCCUGGAGGGACUGACCUAUUCUAAACUUUUAUUGACACAAACUCGCUGUUUUCAGUCUUUUUCGUUCGGCUAAGCUAACUGGUUGCUACUAGUGUGUACCAUAGAGUGAAUGUGGAUCAUACCAUUCCAACAAGAAGCGGGUAAGAUUGUGUCCUAAAAUGUAAUUUUAAACUAAAUAUACAAACCUUGGAAUGAGUAAUUGUAAUUAGUAUGGAUUCCAAGUUGCAGAAUAAGAAUACUUCAAUUGUGAUAUUUGAAUAAAAUGCAUAUUUUAACAGUGUGGGCAGAUAUUAAACUCUCAUAUUUAGUCAAAUGAUGAUAACCUGUAUAUCACUUGUUCCAAAACCUGCCCUGAUACUGUAUUUAUUCCUGCAGUAAAACCUCUUAACUGAAAAAUGCUGUUUAAUUAGGUAGUGCAUUGGUGUGAAGUGCGUGAAAUGGUCUUGCAUAUAUAUAUACAUACAUAUAUAUUUUUUAUAUAUUUCCUACAUGACAGCGGUGUUAACGUGAUUUCAGACAGUAAAAUGAUCUGAUGUGUCCCGACUAACACAUCCAUUCAGCAAUAACAACCUGAAACAGCCCAGUAAUGUAGUGAUAAACUCCUAAAGGUCUGAAACUCUUCUGAGAUGUCUCUUAGGACAGUUCAUCUUGUUGCUUAGCUCUAUACUGCAUGUACACACAUGUUCCACAGUCAAUAUUUGUCCUCUUAAGGCUGAUUUCUCCUGCAGAGUUUAGUCCUAUGCAAAGGUUUGUGACUUUUUUGCACCUUUUAAUGUGCUACGGAAAAUGUGAUUUUUUGCAUAAUUGUCUGAAAUCUACACGACGCUCUCUGUUCCAGCCAAGUUUUUAAAUAAAAUACAAUGUCAGAGAA